GCCGGGUGCACGCAGCAGCCGAGCUCUUUUAAACACCCAGCCGCCUCCUGCUCGCUACAGCUGAGGGCCAGGGGACGCGUUCGAUCCGUGGCCGCACCGCACUCCCCUUGUCUGGUGGGGCUGAGCUGCUCCUCUUCCUCCAAAGAUGCCCCGUUAUGAGUUGGCUUUGAUUCUGAAAGCCAUGCAGAGGUGCACAGAAAAGGGACCCUCCAGGGAAGCCAGUGGUCAUUUUGGCAACAAUUAUCCACUAAAUUGAAGAUUUGUUACUUGUGCCUUUUGAAUGAAUCAAUUGAAUGUCAAUUAUACAUGAACUAUUACGAUAUAAUAUGGCCAGAGACAGCUGCAACACUGAGACGCACAGUAGAAACUUUGCUAGAAAGAGGAGCAGUGGUGAGGAAUUUGGAAAACCUGGGAGAAAGAAUGCUGCCAUAUAAGAUUGUAACACAUGAUCAGCAUCACGUCAGAGGAGGGUAUUUUUUGGUAGACUUUGAUUCCUCUCCAAUAAUUAUUACAAAACUAUUGGACCAUUUAAAACGGGACAUUGAUAUAAUCAGAUCUAGUGUUUUAAGACAUCGUAUAGAGCCGACUGAAGAAUGUAUAGGCAUGAUUCCAGUCAAUUAUGUAGAAGAACUACAGAAGAAGAAAUAACCAAAAGUGAUAGUAAUAUUAUUAUCAUUAAUUCAAACUUAACCAUAAGCAUGCGUGAGAUGUGGUAUGAUGUUUCAACCUAGUUUAAUUUGACUACUAUAAAGCCCAUAUCCUCUACUCUUAUUUUUGUUAUUUUUGAAAAUCAGAAAGCUUUUUCUCCCUUCUUAUUGCUUCUCUUAUUUAAAUUUGCUGUGCCCCAAAAAGCUAAUCCUGAUAUUUUUUAGAACUUGUUUCCAAGUAAACAAUUUUAAGAGCAUUUGUAUCAUUUAGAUAUAGCAUUAAUAAAAACUGUAAAAUGUUAAAUGAAAUUGUUGAGAAUUACAAUAAAAUGUUUAAAAAUCAGUUUUAUAGACCAAUCUACAUAGUCUGUUCUCUGGCAUAUUGUUUCCUCCAUUCAGCACAGCUAAAAUCUAAUGAGUUUGAGUUAAUGGAAGUUUAAAAAAAAACGAUAGCUUUUUAAAAUUCCAACAGUUUAAAAUGUAAUUUUUGUUUUCAAAAUAAGGGAAGAUACUAUCUUGUUAUUUUAUUAUAUUCUUAAAUGUAAUCUCUAUGGACAUCUUAUUUUCUUGCUACAAUAAGUACAUAACAUUGAUAGUUGAAUCAGUUUCAUCAUUAUACCAGCUUUAAAUACAUUCUCUGUAAAUGAAUUGAUUAAAUAAAGUUGUGACAAUUGCCUCA